UAAGAGCAGACAAGCUUUCAGCUACACACAGCCAAAGAAUUCAACAAAUAUUUCCAUUUAAUUCUUGGAUUUCUGUGACAUGAACCACUCCAUUAUCAUGAGUUCUGCAAGGAGGCUGCGUUUUAUGUCAUGGAAUUCAAAUGGGCUCAAAUCGAAGAUACUGAAAGUGAAGACUGAAAUACAGAAACAAAACUGCGAUGUGGUUUUUCUUCAAGAGACACAUUUAGGUACUGGUAAAAUUUUCGAGAAACUGAAAGAUUACAAAUCAUUAUAUACCACACAAACAUCAACGCGUACAGGAGUGGCUAUUUUAAUAAAAAAGGAAAUAUAUGAAGAAACCAGCUGUACAAUAGAGAGAGAUCAUGCUGGCUGCUACAUUUUGGUUAAAUGUACCCUGAAUGGACAACUAUUCACUCUUAUGAGUGUUUAUAAUUGUCAUACUGAUAUAAAACCCUUAUUGACACUCAGAAGUGUACUUGAGAAGCAUGCAGAGGACAUCUUGCUGAUUGGAGGAGAUUUUAAUCUUGCUCUGAAUCCAUAUCUGGACAGAACAUCUACAAAGAGGAAUAAAACCCAUUCACUGCUAAGACCAAUUGUGAAGGAAUUAAUGACAUCUUUCAAACUUGUUGAUGUGUGGAGAAGAUUUCACCCAACAGACAGACAAUAUUCUUACCAGCAAAAACAUGUUGAGUCAAGAUUAGACUAUAUUUUUGUUCCAGAGGAGUCGAUGAGGUAUAUUGAAACGUGUGAAAUAUCUCGAUACAAAAGCUGCUCUGAUCAUUAUCCAGUUGUGUUUGAAGUCACUUUGUCUGGUGAUGAAAGCAAGAAACUAGAACUAUUUCCAAAUAUCAUCAAAGAGGAGGACACAAAGGAUGUCUUAAGAUUCCAGCAAUCAGUAAUUGAUAAAUGGUUGAGCAGUAAACGUAAAUACUGGCCAAACAUUGAUUUGCCUGUAAAUUUCCAAACAUCUUUGAUGAUCAGUGUCAGUGUCAGUGAAGUUGAACAAGCAAUUCAGUCUUUGAAUCACACUGAAAGUCCAGAUGAUUUUCAAGCCCAUGAAUCUGAAUCAUCUGAUACACCUCCUAUCAUGGCUAGAAGGUUCCUGUUUCACCUGAGUAGCCUGGUUCACCUGUUUCACCUGAGUCGCCUAGUUCACCUGUUUCAUCUGAGUCACCUGGUUCACCUGUUUCACCUGAGUCACCUGGUUUACCAGAGUCACCUGCAUUUCUUGUUUCUGUUUCCUGAGCUUCCUGUAGAGUCAGAGAUGGUCACUCCUGAAUUUCCUGUGUCCUGUAGGUCAGCAAAUAUAGUCACUCCCAAGCUCCAUAGACUCUUUGCCCUGCCUAAAAUGCCAGACUCUGAACUCCUUGCCUUGUUUAAGAUGGCCAACCCUGAACUCUCUGCCUAUUUCAAGAUGGCCGAUCAUGAACUCUAUGAACUCUUUGCCUGGCCAAGAUGGACAUUCAUGUCCAGAGCACCAACAGCGCUACCCUUGUUUCCAAUGUCUCCUGUGCCUGUUCCCACGAUGGCUGAAGCUCCUCUUAGUAAUUUUUUUUUUGGGGGGGUAGUAUCCGGACGCAUGGAGGAGGCAGAGGACACCAAGGAUGAAGCCGAGGUGUCCAAUCUUCGACGUCUGCCCCAUGAUCCAGGUCCACGUCUACCCCACAAUUCAGGUCCAUGUCUGCCCCACGAUCCAGGUCCACAUCUGCCCCGUGAUCAUGGUCCGUCCUUGCCACACGACCCAGGCCCGUCUGAACCUCACUACCCAGGACCGUCUGUGCUCCACGGUCCGGGUCUGCCUCGGUUCUGA